GCUGGGUAGCUGGUUUUGUGUUUCCCCCUUGUAAGGGGUGUUAGGCUUUGGGCUAUGGGAAAGUGUGUCGCCGUUCCGCCCUUGGAGUUUUGCAGUAACUCAUGUUGUUGAGGUGUAGGGAGUUGAGGUUACGUUGGGCGCCGAGAUGGAGUGUGAGCGUGAGGGUGUGUUAUGUAAAUUUAUUGGCGUGAUAUUAGACUAAUUAUUAAUUCAAUGAUGACUUCAAUGAUAGUGAUGUAUAUGUAAAUAUGUUGGUAACUUAUAAUUAAUUAUUAUUAAAUAUUGUUCAUAUUGAAAACUGUUGUUAUUCACUAACUGUUCAGUUGAAUAACUGUUAUUCGAUAUUCGUAUGUUACAUGCCAUUACUUUUAGGUUCUUGUGUUAUUCUGUUCAGGCUGGGGAUACGGGACCAUCAUAUCAUACCCUACUUAAGCGACUAAACCCACCUGACAGAAAUGGGGGCUCGUCGAAACAAUAUGUAAAUGUCAACGUUGUGACCUUUGUGUCCUUGAUUUGACCGCUAACGCCAACAUAAGAUAUAUGACAUAUAAUGAUAUAUGUAAUGGUUAUGUAUUAAAUAAAAUUAAAUACAUUUAAGCCGUUUGAGCGGUCUGAUGCUUUAUGUACAGCACGCGAUAGAUUAGUUGGGCAUCCCUUGUAUUUUGCCUAAUGUGCUUAGUUCCCAUUUGUUUCGGAAAACUUAGAGUGUGUAGUUACUCUUUGAAACUAUUGUAACCUGUUCUUUUAUUUAUUGUCACCAACGCCUGAUUCCUCUGACUCUGAGCGGCAACGUGUGAGUGGAUCGAGUGUCUGUCGACGGGAUCGACCUGAAACUGUGUGUCUUGCUGGCUGGUGUACCGGAACCGUCCUGAAGUUAGAACCGUUGGUCUGCUCCAGUGGCUUUGGUUGUGCUUUGGUUGUCUGUGGCUUUUCUCUUCUGCGGAGCCUGGAGUGAGGCGAGUUUCUUCCGACGCGGGAUACUGAGCAGAUAAGUCCUUUGCCCUGUUUUUGUCGAUGCGCCCGUGAUUUCAGUUAGCCCGUUGUAAUUAAGAAAUAAUAUUUUUUUUUUUCCUUUUUCUCUCUAUGAUCUAACUUUGGUUUUUGUUAGUGAUAGUUAGACUGUAAGUAUUAUUUAAUAGUCUGUGUGAUGGAGACGAGGUUGACUCUAACCGCCCAGUUCAUCAGUGACGGCCGUGCUCUAGGGUAUGAUGGUGAGAGGUUGGAGAGGUAUGUGGCAGAGCAGAAGGUUGAAUACGAGAGAGCCAAGAAGGAGGAGUUUGAACGAGAGACGGCUAGGCUUGAGCGAGAGGAGAGAUUGAGAAAAGAGGCGCAGGCUGAGGAGAAAGCCAGACUUGAGCGUGAAGAGAGGUUGAGAAGAGAGGCGAAGGCGGAUGAAGCCGCUAGACAUGAACGGGAGGAGAAGGCCAGGCGUGAGGAACACGAGAGGUGGAAGGAGAGAGAUGCUAGAGAGGAGCUCAAAAGAAAAGAUGAACUGGAGUUGGCACGGCUUAAAGAGAAGUCGGCGCCAGAGGCAGGUGCAGUGGUAGGUCAGGCAGUUGAGGUGCGACAAAAGAGUGUCUUGGACAUUCUAGACAAGAACUUCCAAGGCAUGAAGGAAGAGGACGAUCUUCUGGCGUACCUGACGCACUUCGAGGCCGUAGCAGCAAGGUGUAAGAUUGAGAGUAAAGAGUGGGCCCUACUGUUGUCCUACAAACUGACGACACCUCUCAAAAACUUUAUGUUGAGGGACAGUCUGUUCCUCAGCGACAAGUAUGAGGAUGUCAAAACGGCACUUCUCCGCCACCCAGACAUCAAUGCAGAUACAUGCCGCAAAAGGUUCCACCGGGUCAAACCACGGCAGAAUGACUUCCGAGUUGAGGACCGCACUGGACAACUGGUGCAAAAUGGCUGAGGUCGGUAAGACAGUAGAAGAGAUCAAAGAUCCUUUCAUUAAAAAUAGGAUACUAGAAAGCGUAUCAAAUGAGGUGUACAGGCAGCUCGUGUUAAACAAACGCAGCACAGUAGAAAAUAUGUUGGAGGUGAUUGAAGGUUUCAAGGUUGCUGGUUCUGAGGUAGCAAUAAGAAAGGAAGAAAGUGUGUAUGUGGCAGCAGCAUGUUGUGAGCCUGUGAUUAAGCAGAAUC